CAAAUUUCUGUUUAUAUAUUCCCUAAUAACAUGUUGAUGCAAAAUCAAAACUAGGUAAAGGAAAUCAAUAAUUAACAGAUUUAAUUACCAACAUAAUAUAAUCAAUGGGUUCUGAAGGAAACCUGAUGCUUCCUGUUCUUGAUUUCACCAAAGAAGAUUUAAAACUAGGGACAAAUUCAUGGUCAUCAACAUGCACAAGUGUGCGCCAAGCUUUUGAAGAGUAUGGAUGCUUCAUAGUUGUGUAUGAUAAAGCUUCUUAUUAUGAACUUCAAAAUGGUGUAUUCAGUUCUUUGAAGGAGCUUUUUGAUCUUCCAACAGAAACAAAACAGAGAAACAUAUAUGAAGGGAAACCUUUGAAGGGAUAUGUAGGACAACACCCUAAGAUUCCUCUCCAUGAAAGCAUGGGUGUAGAUGAAGGAACAACACUUGAGGGAAUUCAAAGUUUUGCUCAAAAAAUGUGGCCUAAUGGAAAUGAUAAAUUUUGUAAAUAUUUGUUUGAAUAUGCAAAGCUAGUGAAAGAACUAGAUGAAAUUGUGGCAAGAAUGGUAUUUGAAAGUUAUGGUGUGGUGGAACACUAUGACAAGUACAUAGGAUCCACAAGUUAUCUCCUUAGGUUUUUGGCACACAAAGCACCUGAACAGGUGGAGCCUCAACUUGGUUUUGUGUCUCACACCGACAAGAGCUUCACAACUAUUCUUCACCAAAAUCAUGUCAAUGGACUCGUGGUGGAGACAAAGGAUGGUAGUUGGAUUGAUGUUGAUUUCUCUUCACCAACUUCCUUUGUUGUCAUGGCUGGUGAUGCACUCAUGGCUUGGAGCAACGACAGAAUAAAGUCUCCUAAUCACAAAGUUUUGAUGAAUGGAAAUGAAAAAAGGUACUCUCUUGGUCUGUUUGCCUUCUACAAAGGACUUGUUCAAGUACCUGAAGAGCUAAUUGAUGAGGAACAUCCAUUGCAAUAUAAGCCGUUUGAUCAUCUUGCAUUACUCAAUUUCGGUUAUAGUGUUAAUAUCAAAGACUUUUGUGGCAUUGUCCAACUUUAAACUUCAUAUAAAUAAACUAUAUGUGAUAUUCAUAUGUACAAUGUUGUCUUUAAGCAUGUAAUUACAUAUGUGGAUUGUGUUACAACAAAAAAGAAUGUAUGUGGAUUGUAUAUGUUGCAUUGUGUAUUGUACUAGCUAUAAGUGUUUUUGUAAAAUAUACUGCUGUAAAGUUGUCAUUAUAUACUUGUAAAAUACAUGUACAGUGUAUUUUUUUUUCAUCCAUUGUUGUUACCGAUGAUGUAAAUUGAAAGACUAUUAAUAAGAAUUGAAUUUUUCAACCAUUUUUUCUCCUAAAA